AUGGCGUGCACCGCCCUCGGAAAGAAAGUUAAAGCCGAUGAAGGUGAGCAUAAAACAGUUGAAGUUAAGAUCAAUGCAAGUUCAGUCGAGUUAAGUUCUCCUACGCAUACAGAGUACGUCACUUUGCUGUUUGUGGGCGAUAUUUCCUUUGCUGGUCCCGUAAAAUAUUACGUUGAACACAAUUAUCACACAUAUAAUGACUCUUUCAGUGAUGUGGCGGCAUACAUCAAGGAUGCUGAUAUAUCCGUGGCCAAUUUGGAGUGUCCUUUCGUCGACAACAAGGUUUAUCGUCACAUGUUUAAAGAUAAGAGAAGGCUGACGAUCCUUGAUUCCAGCCCCAAAGCUGCCCCAGCAUUGAGCUUUGCUGGCUUUGAUGCUGUCACAGUUGCCAACAACCAUUUCAACGACUUCGGCACUGAAGGGGCUAACUUUACAGUUGAAAUUCUUAAGAAGGAAGGAAUAAAAUACUUCGGCAUAACUUAUGGGAGGUUUGACUCAUCUCAGGAACCACUGAUAAUGGAAAGAAAAGGAAUAAGAGUGGGCUUCCUCGGGUACUGUGACCACGUACCAGAUUUUCCAAACUGCACUGUAAUGAGGAGGAUGUUCAAAUCUGGUCCUGCCAUUUAUCGGGAUGAUAUUGCCUCUAGAGAUGUUAGAACAAUGAAAGAGGCUGGCGUGGAUAUCAUCGUGGUAUUCAUGCACUGGGGAAGAGAAAUACUUUUGAAACCGCUGCCUUACCAAAUUCAUAUAACAAAGCAUCUUUUGUCUCUUGGAGUCCAGAUAAUCAUUGGAUCACAUCCGCACGUGCUGCAACCUCAUUGGCUGACCAAGGACAAGAGACUCGUGGCAUACAGUCUAGGAAAUUUCUUGUUUCCCCCUUUGCGUCCAAUAGGAGGAAAUAACCCGCAAGUUUAUGGUGGGAAGGGUUUUGAUCCAAAUCCUUUCUUGAUUGAAUCAUAUGAAUACGUCACUUAUAAAGCAAUGGAUAUACUGAAAAUGACCCAGAUGUUAAGAGUAACUGUCUCAAGACAUGGUAUAGUAAAAGCUGAAUAUCACCCUAUGAGACUUGCAUUUGAUCCCAAAGAGAAACGGCUUCACCCUGAACCUGUGCAACACACAAAAUGGUCGACUGUUUGUGGAGAUAAUGACAAAGAAUGCCAGGACUUCAGCGAUCCCAAAAAAUAUUGGAAAAUGGAACCGUAAUUGUAUUCCUCUGAACUGGAAGAAAAUCAUGAAAGGUUUUGCGACUCGGCGAUCAGAUAUGAAAUAAGACGGAAAAUUAGAACUUGAGGGAGUCGCAUAAUUCAAGGAAAAAGUGGACUUGGAUUAAGCUCGAUCUGAAGAGUUUCGCGCCACGCUAAAUAAAUUUUACAGCACCCUUCGUCGCCAACUUGAACCUGUGGAAAAAAAAGUUAAUAUUAUCUUUUAAAGUUUUUAUCAACCAUCUAUGACAUCCGUGCACGCUAAAAAUCUAGAAUUCCCCGUAGAGAUCGCCUCACCACUUCAGCGUUCAAAUCCAGUGUUGGAGAGUGCGUUCCCCACGUAAAUGUACGUUGCGUUCUCGAUAUUCGGUCCCUAUUCAAAAGA